AGCCCAUCCAAAAUGGACAGCUCUGCUUGAAGAUCGAAGGACUCUGACAACAUUUUCAUCAAAUCCAUACAGUAUGAUUAACGCAGUGAUGCAGUGUUUUAUAACACUCAUUAAGGCCUUGAUCGUAUGCUUGAAACAUGGUAUUCAAAGACUGCUGGAUGCUAACUCAGUUGUCAUCAGCUGGUUAGUAUCCCCCUUCGUCCCUAAAAGAAGAUCACGUCAAGCAGAACCAGAGGAGUGGAAAACCAAUGAGGCCCUUCGCACGUUUCAUCCAGGAGAUGAGAAUGGCUUCAACGUUACAAUCCAAACCAGCUCACAUGCCUUCCAUGUGGACCUCCAAAGGCUUUCAGAGUGCAGCGAGUACUUCAGAGCACUGUCCCAAUCCAGGAUGAGAGAGACGUCAGAAAGACUCAUUCAUCUGGAACAUGUAUCCUCUGACAUUUUCUACAACCUCCUUAUGUUCUGCUUCAAUAAUGAUUUUAAAGUUCCUGCAGAAGAAUUGGAGGAAAACAUUCAGGUGGGCAGCUAUCUCCUGGCUGAAGCCUUCGUCUCCAGGUGCCUGUUAGCCCUGGCACAUCAGCUCACUCCGUCUAACUGCUUAUCAUACCUGAGACUCGCUCAGGAUAUUUUCUGUGUAGAGAUGAAGAACACAGUGCUCCUUUAUUUGAGUGUGAACCUGCUGGAGCUGCCACAGAUAAUGAGGUGUCUGAGUGAUGAGGAGAGGGAGGAAGUCAUCAGCCUGAGAGUCAAAGGAGAACGACGUCUGUGCAGCUUCAGGAAAGAAAACCUAACUUCUUGGAAUGACCCGGAAACAGAAGCUGCUCGGCACAUUUUCACCAUGACUGGGUCAGAGGACAGUGGGGAUUGGCACGCUGUUACAGAACUCCCCUUUAGGGCGGAUAAGUGGUGUUUUACUGCAGUGGUGCUGUAUAACUACCUGUAUGUCAUAGGAGGCUACAGGCAGCGUCUGAAGAGAGGCUGGGAGUUCACCAUGGCUUCCUAUAGAUAUAACCCCUUUAAAAACUCAUGGGUGGCUACAUCACCUCUGAUAAAGCACAGAAGGCACUUCAGCGCGGUGGCCGGUGGAGGCUUCAUUUAUGCGGUUGGGGGCUGGUAUUUAGAUUCGCUGGUGACUCCAGACUCCGGCACAGCUCUAUACACAGCUGUGGAGCGCUAUGAUCCCUGGGAGGACACAUGGAGGUUUGUAUCUUCAUUACCGCUGACUGACUUCCAGUUCACGAUGUCCUUAUCCCAUGAUGUCCCCCUCACUACCAGCCUUGGAGAGUGUAUCUAUGUGCUGGGAAGCAUCCAGAGGACAGGGGAGAAAUUACUGCUACAGUAUGACACAAAGCAAGAUUCAUGGUCUGAACUGCUUCCUACUCUGACAAGAGCUGAUGCAGACCUUCUGACUCUCUACUUCCUGGGAGCUGCUGACAAGCUGCUUGUGAUUGGUGGAAACAACACAAACAAUGUGGUGACAUCAUUCUGUGUGAAAUCUAAAAAAUGGGGGCAGAUCUACAGGGCAGAAAAAGUAUCAUAUGUCGGACAGGGGACACUUGUAGAUGAGCAGCUCCUGAUGCCCAGUAUAGAGCAUAACACAGUCAUAAGGAUGGAUCUCCAAACCCUAACCAUCAGUAUUCUCCCACCUUUACCUAUACCAACGCGCUAUGAAGCUAUCUUUUACCUUUACUUGUAAUUCUCAAGCUUACUGGUUUACUAAUACUUUAUAUUAUGUAACUGUUUUUGGAUAAUUAUGAGAGGAACUUUAAAGUCGUUUAAAGCGUGAAGAUAUUUCUGCUUAAGCUUUUUCUUAGUUUUUUGUAAAGUGUUUUAAACCUUUCCAGGGGUUUUUGUCAAUUCCAGUGGCUCACCCUAGAAUGUGCUAACCUCCUUUUUUUACCUUGGGAUUUAUAUGUCUAAGCAGACUGUGACAUUAUUUUCUCUCUGAUUUGUUGGGAUUUGUUUUCUGUUAAGUCUUUGAUGAAACUGAUAUCAUUGUGCUUAAAGAAUUUAUCUUUUCUGCUGUUGGUGCCUAUCAAGUCCACGUUAGAGUUAAUGUACUUGUUUUUUACUGUGUAAAAAAAAAAAAUAAGCACCACUAAACACAGCCAAUAAGCUACUAUAGUCUAGGAACAAUAGAGGUAAGAGAUGGUGGAGUCAAAAUAAUAAGAACUGACUGGAAGAACUUAGUUCUUAAAGUGUUCACAAACUGUAGUCAGUAAUAAUUCAUGCCUAAAUGGUCUUUAUAUUUCUGCUAUUUCUAAAAUUAGACCCUUCAACAAAACAAUGAAGGAUUGAUGGACUUUACAGAAGUGUGAUGGACCCACCAGGCAAAGAGCCCUGAGGUUUUUUUUUUAUCAGUUCAAAACAAUACAAGAACAUAUAUAUGAAUCACAAAUAAAAACUGAUGGUGAACAACAAGCUAUUGGGUUUAAUAUAAAAAUAAACAACAAAAAAAGGGGGCAGAACCAUAGAUUUAAGUACUUUGAACAAAUCGCUUUUUGCUAAUUGUUGUGAGAUUGUUCUUGCAGUUUUCAAUUUCUUUUUAUUUUACAUAGUAAUAUAUAAUACAUUUUAAUUUGUUGACAAAAAAGGGAAAAAAAAGAUUUAUUUCCUGCCCUCUUGUCUAAGUGUCUUUAGUGACCCACCUUUCAGACACUUACCCGGUGUAUAGGGCACUGCAGGCUAACAAAAGAAGCCGAACGACCCAUAUUCCAAAGGGGUGGACCC